AGAACUACAACCGGCAACAGGAAGUGCGUCACGACGCUGGGAUCAGCCUACACGCCGACGACAGGAGGAGCAAGUUUAAACCACGCUCCUCCUCCCUCGGACAGGUCGGCAUUGAGCGGGAAAUAUCUCACAGUAUAAAAGAGAGAACAAUAGAAUGUGACGCCCUCUUCUCUGUUUUGCCCUGCGAGCUUUAAUCCUUCGCCUGGAAGGGAAAAUCCAGCAGUCACUGGACCUGUUCCAGAGCUGUGCAAUACUCAACCCUGGCAGCUCAGAUAACCUCAAACAAGUGGCCAGAUCCCUGUGAGGAGCACACUUUUUGAAAAAUCGGGGCCUUUUUAUAAUUCAAGCUUCAAGGCUGUUUUCUAAGAUAUUUGCUGCCUUUGCGUGUGUUGUGCCCAUGCAAGUUAUUUCUAAAUACCAUUUUUUCAAACUCUUAUUGAUCCAUGGAAAAUUGCUUACUUUCCUAAGUCUGAAUCCCAGGAGAUCAGCCACAAUUUAGGUGUGUGCUACAUCUAUACCAAAGACUUCAACAGUGCUGAAGAGCAGUUGAACAUCGCCCUGGAGUUGAGCAAGCACGACCUGACCUACAUGAUGCUGGGAAAGAUUCACCUGCUGGAAGGGGACACUGACAAAGCCAUCGACGUGUACAGGAGUGCUGUUGAGUUUUCUCCUGAAAACACGGAUCUUCUCACCACUCUUGGCCUGCUAUACAUGCAGCAAGGCAAAUAUCAGAAAGCCUUUGAACACCUUGGGAAUGCCCUGACUUAUGACCCCAACAACUUUAAGGCCAUCCUGGCAGCUGGCAGCAUGAUGCAGACGCAUGGGGACUAUGAUGUUGCCAUGAAUAAGUACCGCGUGGCAGCUUAUGCUGUACCUGAGAGCUCACCCCUUUGGAAUAACAUUGGCAUGUGCUGCUUCGGAAACAAGAAAUAUGUGGCGGCCAUCAGCUGUCUGAAGAGGGCCAAUUACCUGUCUCCGUUUGACUGGAAAAUCCUGUACAACCUGGGCCUGGUGCAUCUCACCAUGCAGCAGUACGCCUCAGCCUUCCACUUCCUCAGUGCUGCCGUCAACCUGCAGCCAAAGAUGGCAGAGCUCUAUAUGCUGCUGGCAGUUGCACUUACUAAUAUGGAUGACGGGGAGAAUGCCAAGCGGUCAUACGAGCAAGCAGUGUUGUUGGAUGACUGUAACCCCUUGAUCAAUCUGAAUUUCGCUGUCCUGUUGUACAAUCAAGGAGACAAAAAAGGAGCCACAGAGCAGUACCUGGAGAUGGAGAGUAAAGUGAUGGAAAGCAGCCAUAAUGAAGAAUUUGACCCAGAGCUCAUUGAGAUGGCCCAAAAGUUGGCAUCUGCUCUCCAGGUGGGAGAGACCUCGGUGUGGACCAAGCCAGGUAAGGACUCCAAAGUCAGUCAGCACUUCAAGACCACGUCCCUGCAGCCCCUGGGCACCAACCAGGCCCUUGGGCAGGCCAUGUCUUCAGCUGCCAGCAAAAGCAUCCAGCUAGCUGCAGGCUCUAAGGCUCCACCCAAGUCCACCUCCGCGCCGCUAGAUGAUGUGGAGAAUGCCCCUUCCCCUCCCCUAGGGGAUCCUGAGUCAGAGGAUCACAAAGCCAAAGAAAAGAAGAAGAGCAAGCCUAAACCUGUGGCUGAGUAGGGUUCCAUGAUCCACUGCUAUGUGAAGCGAAGCAGUGUAUAGUUGAAUAGCAACAUUACAGUUGAAUAGUAUGUACUGUAUUGGGGUUGGAUUGUUAAUUGCAGGUUUAAGAUGUUUUGAAUAAAAGUAGGGGGAGACGUUACAGUGCAUUCAGAAAGUAUUCAGACCCCUUGACUUUUUCCACAUUUUGUUAGGUUACAGCCUUAUUCUAAAAUGUAUUAAUUCGUUUUUUCCCUCAUCAAUCUACACACAAUACCCCAUAAUGACAAAGCA